AAAAGUGAUCGCAUAUGGCCAGGCCGACAAACUCCGGAACUUUGUCGCUGGCAUCUUUAUCCCACAGUACCAUUACCCAUUCCCUGUUGCUCUCUGCUUCACCCAGGUUCUGGUUUCUCUUGUCUUCAUAAAUCUCCUCCAUGCCUUGAGAUUGGUACAUCUCAGACCGUACUCCAGAUCAUUGGGAGAGAGGCUGCUGCUGCCCGCCAUCUGUAACAGCGUUCACGCCGUGCUCAUGACUUGGGCCAAAGCAAGCAGCCCAUACGCAAAUCUCUUCCUCUUCACUGUUCCUCUGCUGCCUCUGCUCACCCUCGGAUUCAGUUUUGCGCUGAAGGUGGCGUCUCUGCCAUCUCACCACUUGUCAGUGUUGAUUUCUAUCCUGAGUGGGAUGUUUGUUGUCAUCACAGCAUCCAAUGGCAUUCCUGUUGUUGAGUCUCUGGAGUAUCUCUACGCGCCUCUCGCUUUGAUUCUCCACAGCCUUUCCCUGAUCAGCUUAGCAAAGGUGUCCGAGUCUGUGCGCCAGCAGCCCUAUGACGUCCAACCCUCUGUUUUUGACAUCUACUACGCUCAACUGGUCAACCAGAGUGGAGUGUUGGCCCUCCUGUGGCUUCUACACCCAGACAAACCCUGGCUGGUGUUGAAAAUGAGCAGCUGGCGCAAUCUGCUCUUCCACGGAUACCUGCUCGCCAUUGUCCUGCUUGGAAUGGUACUCAACUUCCUGGUCUGCACUUCUGCUCUCUGCAUCUCACCAGUCGCGGCUGCCUUGCUAUACUCGGCAAGGUCCAUGGUGCAGCCAUUUUUUCAUCUUCUGUAGUUCCUCUGUAUGGUACAGAAUUCUUGUCUGUCUAUAAGCUAUUACCAAUAUCAAAGAUUGAAGUAGCACUUCUAAAAAAUAAAAAUAAAAAAAAUCACACAAAAAUGUGAAAAGAUUUCAGUCAGGUCAAACGUUUAACAUUAAUCCGGUUAGAAUUGGUUUGAUGUAUAUUUGAUAAGCGUUGAAAGUAAGAGACAUGUUUCCUGUCAUGACAUUAUUUGUUCUAAUUUUGAAAUUAGACAAACUUAACAUGUUAAAUGUCUCUUUUCUAUUAGAUGUAACUAGCUGCACUAAUUUUUCUUUUAAAUCCCUGCGUCAUAAUCAGAUUAAUUUUGCUGGUUGUCGCUAGUGAAAAUGUGUUCACAUAUAACGUGUUCUUCAAGAACCUCAAGAAAAUAGGAAGUAAAAUAUUUCCGAUAUUGUGGUAAUAAGUAAAGUAACAUAGGGUAUAACAGCAUAUCUAAACCAUUCGGAAACUGCUUGAAAUUUCUCUUCUUCAUUUAGUUAUGCACGUUGUGCGCCUUUUCUACAUCUAUUGAUGAAUGCUACCUGUACAGAUUAUCGUAAAUCUUUGGUAAAAAAGCAACACACUUUCUUUUUUGUGCAAAGCUGGAUAUGGAUUUUUCUUAAUUAGAACAAAUUAUUUUAAUAUUAUCGUUUGUAAUUGCAACUCUUAAGCAAAUAUUUUCUUUUUCUUUUUUUUUUGUGCACCUGUGACAUAUUUGAGCAGUAUUUAAGGGAUUAAAGUCCCACAAAUCUAACCGGAUUUCUGCUGAGGUUUUCUGUGAAUGAAUCUGAGAAGCACUUUUUUUUUUCAGAGGAAACAGGAUAAAGAUGAUCAGGGUUGUUUUUUAUUUCGUUUUUUUCACAUUUUUACAUGACACAUAAAAACACAUUUUCAAUCAGUGUUAAAAAAAUAUUUAACUUCAGACCUUUCGCUGAAUGAAUCUCAAACCAGACUUUGGUUUAUCUUGUCCCUGAAUGAUUCUGUGAGCUCGGAUGAAAGGGCACGGCACCUGAUAGGCAGUUAUGAUGCCUCUUAUUAAAGUCUGACGUAAUUUAAUAUAUUGUGUUUUUACUAAUGUAAAUUUAAAUAUGUAUUUUUAUAUAAUUUUAUCAAUUUGCAAGCUUUUUUUUAAGUAGCUAUUUCUGUUCUGUAAAAAUGUGCUGUGCAUGUUUAAUAAAACUGAAA